GAGCCGUGCAACUUGAAACGACUGUGGAGAUGGUCGCGUCUGGACACGCAACAAACCAAAGCGCAGUGAGUAUAAAAAGGACCAACCACAGCUUCUGACUGCUGCCUCUCCUCUGCGGUCGCCUUCCCACAGUCAAGACCUGUUGUCGUCCUGUGGCUGUGAACUUGACUCGUCACAGUGAAAAUACCUGUUAGUCUCUUCACUUGUGGGCAGGUAACAAGUUAAGGGACAUACUUCCACUUGCAAACGUUCAAAGCAGUGUCGCCACUACACCACCGUCUGCCAAAAUGCCUCCUCCCGGCGUGUGCCUGAACAUCAUGAAUGAGCGCAACAAGAAGAACGGCAAGGGGUCUCAAGAGAACCCAGAGAAGUUCUUGGACCAGGACUAUGAGCAGCUCCAUCAGUACUGCACCAUCAACCGCGUCAGGUACAUCGACGACAUGUUCCCGCCAGACCGCAGGUCCAUUGGGGAUGGUGUCCUGCAGCCCGAGGAUGUGGCCAGAAUCGAGUGGAAAAGACCAGGGAGACUGUCGGAUAUUCCACAGUUCAUCUCUGAUGGCAUCUCAAGAUUUGACUUUGGUCAAGGAGCUAUUGGAAACUGCUGGUUCUUAGCUUCCAUUGGAGCUCUGACAUUUCAGAAGCACAUCAGAGAACAAAUCAUUCCAGUGGAACAAUCUUUCACGGAUAACUAUGCAGGCAUAUUUCACUUUAAGUUUUGGAGAUUUGGGAAAUGGGUUGACGUGGUGAUUGACGACAAGCUUCCCACCAUCAAUGGGCAGCUGAUCUUUGUGCGCUCCAAAUCCCCAAACGAGUACUGGGCUGCCCUGUUGGAGAAGGCCUAUGCCAAGGUGUGUGGCUCCUAUGCCGACAUGAAUGCUGGAAGUGUGUCCGAGGCUCUUGUGGACUUCACCGGGGGUGUGCACAUGACUUUCGACCUGAAGGAGGCCCCAGCGAACCUCUGGGACCUGAUGUUCAGAGCGGCCAAAUCAAGAUCCCUCAUGGGCUGUGGCACACCUCAAGGAGCCACAGCAGCCAACACAGUGCUGCCUAAUGGAAUUGUGGAGGGCCAUGCCUACACCAUCACUGGAGUCACUCAGGUGACGAGCAACGGUCAGCCGGUGAAUCUGGUCAGGUUGUUCAAUCCGUGGGGACAAGGAGAAUGGAACGGUGCCUGGAGUGAUGAAUCUUCUACUUGGCAAAGUGUGAGCCCAGAGGAACGGUCAGCAUGUCAAGCAGUUGGAGACAACGGAGAGUUUUGGAUGUCAUUUGAGGAUUUCUGCAAGAGCUACAAUGACAUGGACAUCUGCUGCUUGUGCCCUGAUUUCCUGGAUGGCUCUUCUGAAUGCCACUGGACGUCCAAAUUUCACGAUGGUCGCUGGGUCGCGGGGAUCACUGCUGGCGGCUGCAUGAACUACAGAGAUUCAUUCCAUACCAACCCCCAGUAUCGCAUCCACAUUGAUGCUGUGGACGACGAGUGCGCCUCUGAGCAGGGCCCCAACAACAUGUUAGUGUCCCUUAUGCAGAAGCCAGACAAGAGGAACAGACGCCUCGUCAAGAGCCUCCACAUCGGCUUCUCCGUUUUCAGCGUGAGAUUGCAUUACAAAGGGAGAAGAGGAAAGUUGCCUGCCGAGUUCUUCAUGAGAAAUCCAGUGGCCUCCAGCAAAACCUACUUGAACGCCCGAGAAGUCAUGGAGUUCUUCAGGCUGGUGCCAGGAGACUAUGUCGUCGUUCCCUCCACCUUCAAGCCCAACGAAACGGCCUCUUUCAUCCUGGCUAUCCUGUCGAAGACGGACAGCCACCUGGAGGAGAGCUCACAUAACCACGUGGACAUUAAAAAGCCCUCUAAGGAGGAGAAGAAUAAAGAAAACGGUGAUGAAGGUGACUCCAAAGUCAACUUCUUCCGACAGUACUCUGACCAGUUUGAGGAGGUGGGAGCUGAGCAACUCCAGAGAAUUUUGAAUGACAGACUUUUCGAUGGAAAGCCUCCAGGUUUUGGCAUCGACACGUGCCGCAGUAUGAUAGCCCUCAUGGACCUGACAGUCACAGGCCGACUGGACGGACGAGAGUUUCUGCGGCUGUGGGACAGGGUCUCCAUGUAUGCUCUCGUCUUCAAACGCGCUGACAUCACAAAGAACGGUGCCCUCUCCUUCAGUGAGCUGAGAAAUGCCCUGAGUGCCUCAGGUAUUCAGGUAGGCGACAACAUGCUAAACCUGCUAGCCUUCCGCUACGGGGGUGAAACAGGCAACUUGACCCUGGACAGCUUUGUGGCUCUCAUUCUGCGUCUGGAGUGCAUGUCCAAGAUAUUCAAGAAAAUGUCUGACGGAUUUGGCAUGUACCUCCAGGAGAAUGAGUGGCUUUACCUCUGUAUGUAUUCCUGAGCUGAACCUGCACAGCUGUGACAAAGGAGACGGCAUCAUUGACGCUAAUGCAGAACGGGAUGCAUCCACAAGAACAAUGCAAACAAAAAAACCUGACACGUCACAAUAUAAAUACAGAGAUACAACUUUCACAUUGUGAUUUAGUUUGCUAAUCUCUGAUGAACAUUGUCAUUGUCAUUGUCAUUGUCACCGCCAUUGUUUGCUCAUUUUAGUGAGGCAGUUUCUUUUAUGUGAUGAUAGUACAUGUCUCUGUUCUGGUUUUGUAUUCGCAUAUCUGAACUCUAGGGCUGACUGAGGGGAUGGGGAAACUUACAAUAGGCCUACAUCACAAGACCUAUUACUCUUUUACUGUGACACAGUGCAUUGUGUACACAUAGGCUGUCAAUUGUAGGGUGUAAAACUCACAUGGAUUGUGAAACUCACUUCAAUGACUGCUAAACUUUCUGAAGUUACUACCACCCAGUAUUAGGGGUGUAAAUCACAGCCUCCAUACCGAAAUGAUUCGAUAUUAAUUUCUUAAAGGGGUAUGCCACUAUUUUGGGGCUUAAUACAGUUUAAAUCGUUGGCCAGGGUUUAUAUAGGUGGUAAAGUGUCUUAUUUUUCAUGUAAGCCGUUGUCUUGUUUUAAGACAAGUUAAAAGAGGGAGUUUGUCGCUAAGCUAGUGAAAGUCAAUGCUACACGGAUCCAUUGACUUUCACUAGCUUAGCGACAUACUCCCUCUUUUAGCCAUCGCUAGAUAUCGAUUAUUAUUUACACCUACCCAGUAUGAAUGUGACUAUGAAGUCUUGAGUACAGUACAAGCUUUGUAGAAAAUGUUACAAAAAAUACAGUUCAUAUGUUAUCAUGUCAUGUCUUUGGACUAGUCUGCAUUCAGUGACUAGGCUACAUAGGAAAAAAUGCAGUGUUAUACACUUUUGUAGAGUUGUCGAUUUGACAUUUUCUGAAUUGCAUUUGUUACCGCAAUACUCUCUAUGUGUUGAUUUAACAAUGUCUUUUACACUUUGUAGCUUUACAUAAUUUUCAAAAAUAUGCAUCUACAGUUGGGUUUUUCGUAUUGCACAACUGCAUUAUCUUUAGGGUGUGGGCAUUACUGUAUGUCAUUUAUCAGAUUAAAAAAAUACAUAGUGAAUAAAUGAAUAAAAAACUUUCAUGG